CGGGGCGCAGGCGGUAGUCGCGCCCUCUGUCGGUCGGUUCGGUCCUUGCGCGGUGCCGGUGAUACACGCGGCUGGUGUGUGGAGAAGUUUCUUCCGAUCUUUUAAAAAAAGGGAGGAAACAGAAGAUCCGCAGCCAUGAAACCAAUUCUUCUACAGGGCCACGAGAGGUCUCUUACUCAGAUUAAAUACAACAGAGAAGGAGAUUUACUGUUUUCUGUGGCUAAAGAUCAGUUUGCGAAUGUGUGGUAUUCUGUGAAUGGAGAGAGGCUGGGCACCUACAACGGCCACUCCGGGGCGGUCUGGUGUGUGGAUGUUGACUGGGACACAAAAAAUGUGUUGACUGGUUCAGCUGACAACAGCUGCAGACUCUGGGACUGCGAGACAGGUAAACAAUUGGCAAUGCUCGAGACCAACUCAGCAGUGAGGACGUGUGGAUUUGACUUCAGCGGAAACAUCAUCAUGUUUUCCACAGACAAACAGAUGGGCUACCAGUGCUAUCUUAACUACUUUGAUCUGCGGGACCCCCAACAGAUUGAGGACAACCAGCCUUAUCUCUCAAUACCAUGCAGUGAAUCAAAGAUCACAAGUGCUGUGUGGGGCCCUCUGGGAGAGUUUGUGGUUGCUGGUCAUGAAAAUGGAGAAAUCAACCAGUUCAGCGCCAAGUCUGGGGAGAUUGUGAAGAAGAUAAAGGAGCACACUAAGCAGAUCAACGACAUUCAGACUUCUGUGGAUCUCACAAUGUUUAUCACAGCCUCCAAAGACUGUGCUGCUAAGAUGUUUGAUACAACAUCAUUAGACCACAUCAAAUCCUUUAAGACUGAGCGUCCAGUCAAUUCUGCUGCCAUCUCGCCCAACAUGGAACAUGUGGUCAUGGGAGGAGGUCAGGAAGCCAUGGAGGUCACAACCACCUCUACUAGGAUUGGAAAAUUCGAAGCUAGGUUUUUCCAUGCAGCCUAUGAAGAGGAGUUUGGAAGAGUGAAGGGUCAUUUCGGACCCAUCAACUGUGUGGCAUUCCAUCCUGAUGGGAAAAGUUACAGCAGCGGAGGAGAGGACGGCUACGUCAGAAUUCAUUACUUCGAUCCUCAGUACUUUGACUUUGAACUUGAGGCUUAAAUCCAGUUACACAGAGCAUUCCCUGACUUCUUGGUAUAACUGCCAGCAGUCACCCAAUAACAUCUACAUCUGAACAUCAGUCAACCACAUCAUGCGCAUUAUCUGUCAAGGAUGCAGCCUGUUUUAUAUGAUCAGUUUAACACAGACAUCACAAAUGGCGUCUAUCAGGUUCUACAAUGUAUUUAAUGAAUCAAAUAUUCUAAAUAAAUGGAAUUUGACAUACAAA